CCAACCACAUGAAAGGAGGCCUUGUGCUUUCCGCAUUCAGUCGCUACAGAUACCCGACGCCAAACCUCCCCACCCUAAGCGCGUCAACCACUUCCUCGCCAUCCCCGCCGUCAUCACCAUCAUCAUCCAUCCAUCCAUCCAUCCACCUGUCAAUGUACCCUCUUGAUCCCGAGGGAUCUAGUGUAUAUAAAACACCAACCUCUUUUCCUUCUUUACACUCCUUUCAUACUGUUUUGUCAAUAUUCUCCUUGUUUGUAUUGGUCUGUGUCCAACCAAAUCUGUCUCCUCCCCACCCACCCCUCGGUUGGUUGCUGGCCUCCAUCAUCAGAUCUUCUGAUUCCGUUGAUACCUUGUUUGUCUGUUUGUUUUGCUUGUUUUUUUUUCGC